AUGGAAGAUACUAUAGCAAAUAUGAGUGAAGAAAAUUUAAAUUAUAUUAAAACAUGUAUCGGAUAUUCCUUGGCGAAAUCCAUGCUAUAUGCAAUAAAGACAGACACAGAAGACCCUUUAAAUGUUAUAAGCCAACAACUAAAAAACUUUACAACCUUCAAUGAAGACAAAAAAAAAAAGAAAAAAAAAUUCAUAAAAAAAAUAAAUUCAUACCAUAUUAAAAUACAUGAUGAAAUAAAUAGAAAUUUCACAAAAAAUUGUAUUAAAGAUUUAUAUAAAUUUGGGCGCGAAAAUGAUGGCACUUUAUUCGAAAAACUGGAAAGCUUAUUAAAUAUAAUUAAAAAUGUUUUAGAUGUUGAAAAUGUAUAUAUAGGAAAAAUGUAUACAGAGAUAGAAAAUGAAAAAAAGACAGGAAAAAAAAAAAAGAAUACGCAUAAAAAAAAUAUCUUGAAAAUUCUUUUUGCUAGUGACAAGUGUAACAUAAAAAACGAAAUGGUACUUAAUGAUAUUCAAUUUGAAAGCAUAUUUAAACAAUUUCCAGAAACAAAAAAGGACAAUUUUUUUUUUGAAAAAAGUUAUAUAUUUCCUAAUGUUAUAAAGAGAAAUUAUACUUAUGAUGAAUUAAGUGAAAAUUUAUUUCCAAAUAUUAAACUUUUAUACGAAAACAAAAAUCGUUUGAAAAUUAUAAAUAAAAGUGAUUUCGAACAGACUACAAAAGAGAGUCAUAAAACAAAAAAUGAUGAUAUUUCUGAAUUUGGAAAUGAUAGUAUCCCAAAUUCCGAUAAUUCAAAUGAACUUAGUUCAGACAAAAAUACAGAAGAUGGGUCCUUACAUGAGGAAGAGUCUAUUAAUGAAAUGAGUGGCGAAAAAGAUGAAACGGAAGAAAAUGAAAAAGAAGAUGGCUUAGACUUAUUAGAGAAAGAAAAUGAAAUAAUAAAAGAAUGUGAAAAUUUUGAUGAAAAACUAAUUAAAACUCUAAAUAUGAAUCUAACAUAUAAAUGUACAUAUAUAUAUGAAAUCAUGGAUAUCGAACAAUCAGUUUUAUAUGAAUAUAUGGUUCCUGGUGAUUUUCUUGCCAUCCCAUUAGUAUAUUAUUCAUGUUAUAAUCUUAAUUUUUUGAAUUAUUUAUAUAAUAUAAAAAAUCAAUCGAAACAAACAGCAUUCAAUAGUUUAGAAACCAUAGCAUGUAUGCCCCAGGAGAAUAAUGAAUUCAAACUGGUAAACCCUGAAAUAAGGGAAAAAGAAAAGACAAAUUGGAUAAUUGACUUAAAAGCCGAGAAAAAAAUAGAAAUGUGUCUUUGUAUAGAUAACAGAGGAAGUGUCAAUAAAAUAAAUGAACAAAAAAUGUAUGCCCUAAUACACUUCUCUUAUCUCUUGAUUAUACGAAUGUUAAUGUGUGAAAGAAAAUUCGUUGAAAAACAGGCAAGGAAAAAGAAAGUUGAAUAUAUGAUAGAAUGCAAGAAUGGAAGCGAAGGGCAAUUAAUCGAUAAGUUUCAAACAAAAAUGCAAGAAGCUAAUCAGGAAAAUAUCAUAAAUAAAUUUAAAAAUAAAUUAGAUGAUCAUCAUUAUUUUACAGAAUCACCAAACCUAAUAAGUUACAUGGCUUCAUUCAAAUGGAUAGCAAAAAAAAUCCGCAAAUAUCAUCACAAGAUUAGCCAAAUAAAUAAAAUAAAGGUUGAGUUUAACAAUAACCUGUUACAAACCUUACUUAAUUGCUUUAUAAUAAUAGAUCAUGAAUAUUCAAAACCCUUAUCAAAAACGAUGAUACAAAAUUAUGAAUGGAAUGAAUUGAUAUUAUACAUUAACCAAAGUUUUAUGGAUCGUCUCACAAUGUUUAAUCCUCUUUUAGAAUUUGAAGAAAAGGAAAUAGAAAAACUUCAUGCAAUGAAAAAUAUGCUAAAUAUUGUUUCUUUAAAAAAGAACAACUAUCUGAACAAUAUGGAGGGAAUAACUACAUAUGGAAUAACCUUAUUGGGAUAUUUUAAUAAUGUAACCACAAAUAUUUUGUAUGAAGUUUUAAAAAUAAAAGAAGGGGAGCAAAUUUCAAAUACAUAA